CGUCCAAAAACUUCAAUGAAGGUUACUUGGCUGAUUUAUUUGUAUCCAAAGUUUGGACGCUUCGAAGCUCAUUGCCAUUUGGGGCCAUACGGAGCUUACCUUUGCAUCUCGGCUAACACCUCCGAAAAUAAACUUAGGACUUCUUAAUAUUCGACAGUCAAUACUAUGAGAGCCAGGGUUAACAAGUCAAAUUUAGCGUCAGCCAUGACGCCUUGGCAUUAAAUGGGUAUUUAAAGCCUUCUAUCGCUCCCUUUUCUCUUGUGAUUCUUAUACCAGUACUCUAUCAUCAUGCUCAACGCAAAUCAAGGUCCAACUCUUUCCAUUACAGCCGUUGCCGGCAUCAACUUGUUAAACAAGGACAUGGUCGGCAAACAAGACCCUUACGCCCAGUUCUCACUUGAUCCACACAACCCCAAGGCUUUCCAAAAGACUUUCACGCAUAAAGACGCUGGUAAAAACGCAACAUGGAAUCAAAGCUUCGUACUCCCUCUCCAUGGUGAACCUGAUCUUUACGUGGAAGUAUUUGAUGAAGACCCUACCGCUGACGAGGUUAUCGGAUUUGCUGCUAUUCCCAUUAAUCAAGUUGUGUACGCUCCUGGCGGUUCCUUCAAUGGCUCAUUCGACAUUUAUCAAAUUAACGGCAAGGGAGCCGGCGAAGUCCAUCUUGUACUCACAGUGCAAGGUCUUCCUAAUUCACCCUCAAGCCCCGGUUCAGGUUUUGGAUACCAGCAGCAGCAGCAACCAACUCGCGGACAGUCUUAUAUCAAUGAAAAUCACGCCAAGCGAAUCAAGACACUUCGUAAUAAGGCCAUUGCUACCGAUGUAGGUAUCGCCACUCUCGGAGGAGCCCUCGCUGUCGGUGCUGGUCUAUUGGGAGCAAGGUACUUGGGCAACCAACAUAAGGAGGAGGAGGCUCGUAAGCAUGAAGCAGCAUCCAUGCAUGAAGAACGCGAACGAUAUGAGCGUGAGAAGCACAACUUUGACGAGGAAAGAGCAAGAUUUGAACGACAACAAUCUGAGCAUUCAUAUCAGCAUGAACAUCAACACGGAGAGAACUGCCACCAUGAUCAUGGUCGUGACCAUGAAAACCGUGGGCACCAUGAAAAGCAUGGUCACCACGGUCGAGACUGGGACCCCGUUGGCACCUAUGCAGCUGGUGAUCGUGUGGAAUACCAUGGUCGAGCAUACGUUUGCUUGCAAGGGCAUAGCUCUAACCCCACAUGGAUGCCGGAUGCGGCCCAUUCACUUUGGCAAACCGCUUAAGUAGUAGUAAUUAUACCUGAUUAUGAUAGGCGUAGACACUCGUCGCAAGAAAUACCCUGAAAUACUGAUCCGGACAGUACAGUAAACAAUAAAACAUGCUGCUGCAGUGAUAUACCAGCACAUCAAUUCCCAAUAAAAAUCAUCGUGAACCCCUUCAUGAACUUGUAGAGAGUA